AAUAAUUCUUACAUGGGUGCUGAUCUUGUCAAAUCUUGUCUCAAGAUGGAGGACGAACUCCUAUCUGAGUGGAAGACUCGAGUGAGAUGUAGCAUUAAUGACACCUUAUCAGUCAGCACUAUUAUUCAGUGUAACCUUAUUAAGGAGCUAGUACUUUCAAGUUGCAGCACAGGGGGUGAAUUGUUUUCUCUUGCUUUACUGUGUAUCACCAAGGAGGCUGACCUGAUGUGUGAGCUGUUGAAGCAUGGCGCUGAGCCUUUUGAUGACAUCAUCCAGCAGAGCAGUGUGAUCCGCAUGUGUGUCUUGGGCCUUGCGAACCUCAAAGGGCACCAAUCUAUUUCUGUCGCUGCUGCAAUGGUGGGUAUGACAUAUGAGGCCAAGAAGAUGUGUGAUUGGAUCAAGAGAGAGAAGAAGCUUCUCACCUUCAGCCUGUCUGAGCCUAAUGGUCUUGAGUGCUGCUUGAUCCGGAUCAAAGCCUUGGGUGUUAUGACAAGCAUACUGGAGGAUUGUUCCUUUCCUUGUAUAUAAGAAGAUGCGGGAUGAUGAUGCAAUGUCAUAUGGCUAGAUAAGGGUUGGAGCAAGGAUGGGGACCCACCCAUGCAUGGGUUUCUUUUAACUGGAACACUAGUCUUAGUUUUAAGUACUCCGUAGAUACUUAGUACUGCUGGGUUAUGUGGUGGUGAUGUUUGCUCUUAUAUUAUGGUACUGUUGGAUUAUAUUACUGCUACCGGGCCAAACUGUGCUGCUGUAUUGUACAAAACAUGGUACUCCCUCCA